GCCGGCCCGCCCGAUCCCGCCGGGCGCCCCGUGCCGCCGUCGCCUCGCUCGGCGGAGCUGCUGCGGGCGCUCGCCCUGUGCGCGCGGGCUUGGAAUAUGGUUGGGGAAAUGGAAGCCAAGGAGAAGCCGAAGCCGAGCCCCGAUUACCUGAUGCAGCUGAUGAACGACAAGAAGCUGAUGAGCAGCCUCCCCAACUUCUGCGGGAUCUUCAACCACCUCGAGCGGCUGCUGGACGAAGAAAUUAGCAGAGUACGGAAAGACAUGUAUAACGACACAUUAAAUGGUAGUACGGAGAAGAGAAGUGCAGAAUUACCAGAUGCUGUGGGACCUAUUGUACAGUUACAAGAGAAACUAUAUGUGCCUGUAAAAGAAUAUCCAGAUUUUAACUUUGUUGGAAGAAUCCUUGGACCCAGAGGACUAACAGCUAAACAGCUUGAGGCAGAAACAGGAUGCAAGAUAAUGGUCCGAGGGAAGGGCUCAAUGAGAGACAAAAAGAAGGUCUCCUUUAAGAGCAGAGACAACCAUGAUCCAGCAGUUUUGGAGGUAGAGGAAGAACAGAACCGAGGCAAGCCCAACUGGGAACACCUGAAUGAAGAUUUGCAUGUACUUAUCACUGUGGAGGAUGCUCAAAACAGAGCAGAAAUAAAACUGAAGAGGGCUGUUGAAGAAGUGAAAAAGUUACUGAUACCUGCAGCAGAAGGAGAAGACAGCCUUAAAAAGAUGCAGCUGAUGGAGCUUGCAAUUCUGAAUGGCACCUACAGAGAUGCCAACAUCAAAUCACCAGCCCUUGCCUUUUCUCUUGCAGCAACAGCCCAGGCUCCAAGGAUCAUUACUGGGCCUGCGCCUGUUCUCCCACCAGCUGCCCUGCGUACUCCUACGCCAGCUGGCCCUACCAUAAUGCCUUUGAUCAGACAAAUACAAACCGCUGUCAUGCCAAACGGAACUCCUCAUCCCACCGCUGCAAUAGUGCCACCAGGACCCGAAGCUGGUUUAAUUUACACCCCGUACGAGUACCCCUACACGCUGGCACCAGCUACAUCAAUCCUUGAGUAUCCCAUUGAACCUAGUGGUGUAUUAGGUAUGGCUUUCCCAACGAAAGGCUAAGAAUUCAAGAACGGUCUUAACUGAUCCUUCAUCAGAUCUGAAUUUUAACAAAUGCUUAGUUUCAGCAGCCUUGAGAAAAGCUUGGCCUAGCAGUCAGUGACUUACUUGCACUUUUUUGCACAUAGAUUUAAAAUGAAAUAGUGCUAUUAAUUUGGAUUAGCCCCUAUUAUUACAGAGUAGCGGUAAUUUAUGAGUGUAUAGUAGUAUACUGACUGCUAAGUGUUCUAUAUAGUGUUUGCUUUACUAAUCACCUAAUUCAUUGCAGUUCAUACUUAUUGACUUAAAGUUUAAAAUCCCAAUCUGUAGGCUUGAAGAAUUGCUUUAAAACUUCUUUUUUGUGGUAGAACUGGAAACGAUCUUAAAGUUAGCAAAUAAUUGUCAGUAUUAAAAGAUGGCAUUAUUUAAAAUAGUCCUGCUGCAAGAAAGGCACUUCAGUGAAUAUGUGACUAGUAAAGCUUAAAUGUGCUUGGGUCUAAUAGAUUUCAUGAAAUACUGUAAUUUUGGGAUUGUAAAUGAAUGGAUUAAACAGGUUAAGGCCAGGAUGUUUAAAGUAAAUGCAAUAUUAAUCUGCACAGAUAAACUUCUUACGGUUAAAAUUUGAAACUACUGUGCCUUAACUUGUUGCUUUUCUUAAAAUGAACUUUUGUAGUUAAUGAUCAUUUAAAUCCAUUUUGAUAAACCUGCUGUUAAUGUUUUCUUUGAAUGUUUUCUAACUUUGUCUUGGUAAUUGCAAUUUAACUAGGUGCGGUGGCUACUAAAGUUCGAAGGCACGAUAUGCGUGUCCAUCCUUACCAAAGGAUUGUGACCGCAGACCGAGGUUAGUUUAGUUCUGGAGUUCUUGUUUGUAAGAAGUGCUUUGAGUGUACAUGAGAUUUGCAACACCACAGCUGGUUAACCAAAAACCCUAUUUUGACCCAUUCAUAAUUUUUUUUCACAAAAAUGUGAAUAGUUAAUAUUUUAGAGCUUAGGGAAUACUUGUGGUUUGUAAACCUGCCUUUCCCAGCUCAAUUAAAUAUAUACACUUUGUCGUAUAUUUAAUAUCAAACCUAUAACAGAUUUCCCUUUUAAAAACUAUUUAAAGAUCCAUCUGCAUCAGGAAACCCUAUGAGUUAAGUGCUGCAACGAUUAAUUUGUGUUCCCCCCUCUCCCUCCGAUUUGUUCUUUUAAUUGGUGUGGAAAUAUCAGAUUGGUGUUGCAAAAUAAAAUGAAUGGAUGGUUGCUUAAUGAGAAAGAAGUAAAGGAAUAAAUGCCUCCUGUCUGUGUCUGGAGAAAUUUGAAGAUUUAGAUUCCUUUUUUUCCAAUAAACUUUUGAGCCACUGUACUGUAUAUUUUGAGGAGGAUGCAUGUUCUCAGAUACCUAACUGAAUUCAGAAAGGUAAGGGCUGUGAAGAAAACGCUUCAAAAGUUGUUUGAGUUUGAAUUAAUAAGGAUGGGGGAAGGGAAGGUGUUUUGGUUUUCUGCCAAACUCUGUUUCCUGGUUUUUACCUCUUGCUGCUAAAAUGCGUAACCUGAAGGAGAAGCAACUUUUGAAGUCCUGUUGGUGAGAUGACAUCCAAUAUUUGGGCAUCUCUCUUUUAACUCUUGACUGGAAAGUAAAUCUUCAUUUUUCUCCCAUUCCUCAAACGUAAUGCCUUUGGACCCCUGAAUGAAGUAUUUAAGCUUAUUGAGAAAAUCAAUAUUUUCGGUUUAUUGACAUUGGCUAAUAAACAGUGUAGGCUGAGCAUAGGAGCUCCCGAAUUCUUAUCCUGUCCCUGCUGCUGACUCAGUGUGGGUUUCGGCAAGACAUUUAAUCUCUCUGUGAAUGUUUUCCCAUCUGUAAAAUAAGGAUAAUAAUACUUCCCUACCUCACAGGGGUGUUGUGGGGGUUCUUGUUUGUACAGGGCUUUGAGGACACAAAGCUUUAUGUGCCAAGUAUUAUUAUUCUGCUCUCAUCAAAAUCAGUGCUGUGCAGGCUUAUAUGAUAUUGUAAUACUCAGAAGCCAAAUUCCGGUGACAGAUCUGACUACGCUUCAUUUCUCGCCAUCUCCUAUAAAUUUUCUACGAGAAACGAUGCAGAUUUCAGUCAAUACAUGAAAAACGGCCCUCCUGGAUACUUGCUAUGUUUCUGUAACACUUUUACCUUUCGUAUGGAAAGAACAUAUGCUUUACGAAAGAUGUAAAGCUGAUAACAAGACACUACUUAGGUUUCUCAGAAGGUUUCUUAUUUCUUGAAAGCUCUUCAGUGGGCAAUGGGGCAUAGCCAGAAUAAGGUCAUAGCAAAUGUUGACAAAGAGAAAAAUAAAAAAAGAGAUUAUAACCUAUAUUCUGACUAGUGCGAUAAAUGUUAGGAUUUGAUUGUCUUUAAAAGUUUAACCUGAUGUUACAAAGAUCAGUUUUUACUUAAGAUCAUUUUGAUCUGCAGUGGUAGCUUUACGUUACCAUAAAACUACUUGUUCAGUUGGAUAUUUGCCUGAGACAGCUAGUAAACACACUGAUAAAGUACAGAGGGGGAGAAGCAUACCGAUUUUUUUAUUUGCUUUCAUCAUUGUAGCAUUUAGUCACUGUAUAUUUUAAAUAUUUGGUGAAGGGCCCAGGUGUUUUGUCUGGGGAUGCCACUUAUAAGGCACUGAAAAAAAAAUAUUGUUUUCAUUUUACCUUCUUUUAAAAUAUAGCCAUUUUCUGAUAGUACAGUAUUCUUCUCUAACCAUAUUUGAAGUCAAUUGUAUUUUAAAUAAAUAAAUUCAGGUGGCUUAUCUCCUAUGGAGUAAGUCAUGUAUACCUCUAUCUGUCUGCAUGAAAACCAUGCUGAGAUUUCAGGUAAACAUUUUUUUAGUUUCAUCUAAACAACACCGGUGUUGUCUUAAGAAUCGUACAUGAAAUAAACUUUACAACUUUAUUUCAUUUUAUUCUGACUCCAAAAUCCUAGAUUAUCCCCGGCCCGGCAGUUUUAACAGUUUUGCAAAAGGCUUUGAAAAGCAUUGUUCAGGAAUGAAACAGAUUCUUGAACAUGUUAAAGUUAUGUUGUAGAAUUAAAAUUCUAAGUAUUUAUCAUACUCAUUGAGUUGUUCAAUCACUGAUACACUUCCGUAGCUAUGGCCAUGAAAAACAAUGUCAGCAAACCGAAAUAUAUAUAUUUUUUUCAAUGCAGAAAUGUUUUUUACGUGGUUAAAUGUUGCUAAAACUAUGUUUGCAUUCACUGGGUCUAAAGUUUUUUGUUGUUGUUUUUGUUUUUGUUUUUUUUUUUUUAAAUUCUAAAUCGAUUUUCAGAUGACUUGGUAGUACUACUGCAUUCACUUUUUAAGUAGGUUUUUACUCUUUGCAUAGGUUUUUUUUUAGAGAUAAGCACUGCAUUUAAAGCAAGAAUCCCGGAAUGUGUAAAUGUUUUUUACUCUUUACAACUAAGCAUUUAGAAUUGGUGAAGGGUUGAAAAAUGUAGCUCAUUUUAACUAAGAAUAAAACCCCAGUUUAUAAAUAAUACAAAAUUGAAUUUGAUGCAUAUAACAGAGAGACUGACUGAUUUAAUUGUAAUAAACUGUAAAUGGUGUUGCACAGUUGACAAACCUGUGUGUACUGUAGAAGGCCAGAGACAUGGCAGAGGAUGUAUCACAGGUGUACUGGUAUUUUUAAAAGGUAGCUUGCUUUGGUUAUAAACUCCACAAGAAAUAAUAAUGCUCAGAAUAUUCUUGAAUGUUAUAUCCAAACCAACUGUCACAUAAUUUAUAUAUAAAUUUUAAUACAGUUUAAUCAAAAUUGUAAUCAGUAUCAAAAUGCUUUAAGAGUCUGUGUUUCUAGUAUACCUGUAAAGUGGUGAGAUUGUGCCACAUAAAUAUUUAUUUUUAGUUUUUGCUUAUUUUUGAAACAGCCGUUUUAAUUUAAACAAAUCCCAGUUAGCAUGAUUCUGAAAAAUAUCAGGGAGCACGUGGUCUCAUUUAUGCUACAGUAGUCAUUUUUUUUAAGUGUUUAUGAACUGUAUCCUAAAUGAUAGGCCAUUUUUGUUAUGUGAAGGUAAAUCAACCCAUGAGAAUGAUUGCUAAGUCGAUGCUAUCUGUGAAUAUUACACCUACUGGACUUCAUUUGAAUGAAAUGGCACAAAUCUGACUUUGCACUGAAUACCUUUCUCACUUUCAUCUCCUCUGCCUUAGUCAAAAUGGCAACAGUACAAAAACUUUAUCAACCUCAGAAUUUAUUAGCUAUGAUUAAGCUGUUGAAUGAGUCUUAAAAAAUAAAAAUAAAAAAAAAAAAAUCAUACUACUGUUAAGUGGACCAAGUUUGGUGAAGGAGAAUGUGAGAGAAUGAUUAAAGAAGGAACAGCUCAAGAACAUUGGGAAUGAUAACUUUCCACUUGAGAAUUUUUUUUUAUGUUUUACUGUAAUUUGUUUGUGGUUUUGGGUUUUGUUUUUUGUUUUUUUUUUCUUUUUUCUUUUUCUUUUUUUUUUUUUGCAAAAGAAAAUAGUAUUUACAGGUGGCUUCUUUUAAAAUAUAAAAAUAUAAAGCAGGAAUGUAUAUGAAAUGUCAGAUUUUAUUGUAUUUGCAGAGUAUUAGCUUUGAAAAUGAAUAAAGAGAGCUGUUUGUAGUUUUAAAAUGCCUUAUUAGUAUCAAUUAGAUAUUUUCUCUAUUUUUUGAUGUACUUAGAGCUUUUUAAGUAUAGAAUUUAAAAUGGCAGGACUUUUACAGUGUUUACAUGCAAGUGCAUUUUAUAAGUGUCCUAUAUGUGUAAAAUAGUAUUUGGAACGGGAAGAUGCUGGCUGAAGUAGCAGCCUUAGCAUUUUCCUCGUUCCCACGAUGAUGCCUACGUUGCUAGACUACAGUUUAGUACUGCUUUGUAUCAUGAGGCCAAGAAAUUCCAUGUUGUUUGUAAAUAGAAUAAAUGAAAGGCAAUAAAAAAUUUAUUGAACAAAAAAA